CACCAUCCAAGCUUUGUGCUUAUACCUUCUUUAAGCCUUUAAUUUUUGUGUUUAGACCCAAAAAAAUGGCUAAUUUUGAAAGCCCCCUAGGCAGUUCAGUGCAUGGAUUAACAGGCAGAGAACAAACAUUUGCCUUUUCGGUCACUUCCCAAAGCCAUAAUAAUCUUGACAAUAAUGGUCAAUCCAACAAAUUUGCUUUGCCAGUUGAUUCAGAACACAAGGCAAAAGCUAUUAAAAUUUUCUCAUUUGCACAACCCCACAUGAGAUCUUUUCAUUUAGCCUGGAUUUCAUUCUUCACUUGUUUUAUUUCUACUUUUGCUGCUGCACCUUUAGUUCCAAUUAUUAGGGACAAUCUUAAUCUAACACGUGCAGAUAUUGGUAAUGCAGGGGUUGUUUCUGUUUCCGGUAGCAUUUUUUCUAGGCUAGUCAUGGGUGCACUAUGUGACUUAAUUGGUCCGAGAUAUGGCUGUGCAUUUCUCAAUCUUUUAACUGCCCCCAUUGUUUUCUCCGUCGCAUUUAUCUCAAAUGCAGAGGGAUAUAUAGCUAUGAGGUUCUUGGUUGGAUUUUCAUUAGCCACAUUCGUGUCGUGCCAGUACUGGACUAGUGUUAUGUUUAAUAGCCAGAUUAUUGGACUCGUUAACGGUGUGGCUGGGGGGUGGGGUGACAUGGGGGGUGGUGUCACUCAAAUCCUCAUGCCUUUUCUUCUUCAUAUAAUUAAAUUAACCGGGGCUACUCCUUUCACUGCCUGGCGUAUCGCCUUUUUUAUCCCGGGAUGGUUACAUAUUAUCGUAGGACUUAUGGUCCUGACACUUGGUCAAGAUCUCCCUGAUGGAAACCUUAGUACUCUCCAAAAAAGGGGUGAUGUCGCCAAAGAUCAAUUUUCAAAGGUUCUUCGAUAUGCUGUGACAAAUUAUAGGACAUGGAUCUUUUUCUUCAUCUACGGAUUUUCCAUGGGAGUUGAGCUCUGCAUGAACAAUGUCAUAACAGAGUAUUUUUACGACAAGUUCAAUCUGAAGCUACAUACUGCGGGAAUGAUAGCUGCAACAUUUGGGUUGGCCAACUUUGUGUCUCGUCCUUUUGGAGGAUAUGCAUCUGAUUUAGCAGCACGAAAAUUCGGGAUGAGAGGCAGAUUAUGGGUACUAUGGAUAGUUCAGACAUUAGGAGGAGCCUUUUGUAUAUGGUUGGGCAGGGCCGAAUCACUUCCCAUAGCCAUAGUUUCAAUGAUCCUCGUUGCAAUCGGAACCCAAGCCGCGUGUGGUGCAACUUAUGGAGUCAUUCCUUUCGUAUCGCGAAGAUCAUUGGGCCUGAUUUCAGGCCUCACUGGCGCUGGAGGCAAUUUUGGAGGUGGCUUGACACAAUUGUUAUUUUUUUCGAGUACGCGAUUUUCUACUGCUAUGGGGCUAACAUGGAUGGGGGUACUGGCCGUGGCAUGUACAGUACCUGUUGUGUUUAUUCAUUUUCCGCAAUGGGGAAGUAUGUUUUUUACAGCAUCAAAUGAUGGAAAAUAUAAUGAAGAGAGUUAUUAUGGUUCAGAAUGGACAGAAGAUGAAAAACAGAAAGGGCUACAUCAUGGAAGUGUUAAGUUUGCAGAAAAUAGCCGAUCUGAACGUGGCAAAAAACAGAUUAUUUCAUCUUUAGCCACUUCACCUUGCUCAACUCCAGAACAUGUUUAAUUUGUAAUGUUUUAAUUAGUGGAGUGUGAUUGGUUGUUUCGCUCUUUAGUGGAUAAGCAUAUGCGACCAUGAAUCCAUUGUAGUUUGUUUUCGGUUUUUUCAUGUACUGAUGUACCUUUUACUUUCUUUUUUUUUGGUGAUGUAAAUAUAACUCAUGAGCAAUAACAUUUCACUUUUA